AUGAAUCAAGACGAAAUUGCAACCCUGCUUCAGCUAGAAGACAAAUUAGGCCAGAUCAGGCAACAAAUUAAUUCUAAACUAGAGAACCAGAAGCAUGUGGCGAUCAUCUUAUCCGCCGUGGAAGAGAACAUGGAUGAGCAACAAGUUGCUGCUAAAAACAUUGUAAACUAUUUGAUUUCACUCAUGUCCCUUCUGGACCAAGCCAUCAAUCCGGAAACCCACGAAAUUGUUGAGCUUCAGAUAUCGACUUCUGUGGCUUACCUCUUGGACAUUGUACUGAAAUACACUCCAAAACAGCUACUGAGAUCGAAGUUCGCUGAUAUACUCACAAAGUUUGCACCAUGCAUUACCGAUGAAAAAGCGGAGGCGCCGUUAAUACGGUCUGCUGUGGGGUGUUUAGAAACUCUUCUUGUUGCACAAGAUGCCCAGUCCUGGAACAAUACCCACAAUCUCAGUAUCGCCCCCAGUAGAGGUUUGAACGGUUUGCUAGAGCUCUCUUUGGAUCCAAGACCGAAGGUUAGAAAGAGAGCUCAGGAGGCCGUUGGCAAUAUAAUGUCAAAUCCACCAGCAUCGCCAACCGCAGAGCAUGUCGCGGCGCCUCUCGUGGCAGAAUUCUCCAUCAGUGCACUCGCGUCUGCUGUGGAGGAAGUUAGCUCUACUUCGAACAAAAAGAUUCGUGCUCAAGGCGGGUUAAAGGAGCUCAAUGCAAAAGCCAUCCAUAUUCUCAAGCUAAUAAACACUGUUUUGUCCAGUAAUCAAUGGCCUUCUUCAAGAUUUGAUGUACUCUGCGAUCUUCUGCUAGAAAUGUCCAGGUCUGCUGAUCAGUUUAUGGUAUCAAAUGCAUUCCAGUGUUUUGAGGCUCUCUUUCAAUCAAUCGCAGAGUCAGCUGCCGCUUUCGGCUUGGCAGAAAACAAGUUUUCAAAGGUUUUGGACAUAAUUUUCUCCUUAAAACCUUCGAACAGUGACACGCACCUGGUGGGAGCGUGGAUUGCCGUUGUCGCAAAAGGCAUGACCACUUUUGGAUCAUGUAGCCCUCUAUCAUGUCUAGAGAAAAUUCCCGAAGUCAUCAAUGUUCUGAGUUUGUAUCUCUCUAGCGAGGUGCCUGAAGUUUACACUAGCGCUUCUCAAUGUGUGGAAGCUUUAUUAACUGGAUGCAUCCAAGACGAUUUGCUGCUAUUGCCACCACAAGUGAACGAAAACGUAUAUGAGAAGGUUGAUGAGACAAUUUCUUAUCUUGCUGGAGCCUUCAGCGACUUUCUUUCCAUCAAAUAUGCGCACUGUGCGAAAGAAAUUCUACAGAAUCUCACCACUGCUUUCAAAAAACUUAGAAUCAGAUCAAACCCUGAUCUUCUACCUCCGUUAGAAAUUGUUGGGGGAUGGCGGACGAAUGAAGACAACUUUUUGGAAAUGAGGGCCGAAAUAGAGACAGUAAUAGGUGCUGCUGUAUCUGCUAUUGGUCCUGAUGCUGUCUUGGGUUGCCUUCCCCUAAAUCUAACGGACGCGUCUGGCAGUAAGCCUGGCCGUGCUUGGAUGAUACCUCUUAUAAGAGAUAAUACUUGCAAUAGUAGACUCGCGAUAUUUGUGCAAGAAUUUCUUCCUUUAAUUCAAUUUUUUGACGAAAAGGUUACUGCGCUUCCAAGUGAUUCAGUUCAGAGCAAGGUUUUUGAAACAGUGUCUGGUCAGCUAUGGUCUACUCUGCCCAACUUUGCUAACCUUCCUACUGAUUUGAGAGACUCUUUUAGCGAUCAAUUUGCGGCUGAUCUUUCGUCUCUACUAUACAGCAAAGUGGACUUGAGGCCUAUAAUUUGUCACGCAAUCAAAAACCUUGUUGAGAGCAACGUGCAACAUGCAAGUUUGCUGGACGACAAUGACAAGCUCUUGGAGCAACAUUUCCCUAAGAGUGAGUCCCAGAAGAACUUGGAGUAUCUAUCAACAAAAGCAUCUAAUCUAUUAGCUGUGCUUUUCAACGUCUACACACAAACAGCUCCCAAUGCCAGGAGUUACAUCCUGGAAACCAUUAUUGCAGUGCUGAAGAUUACCUCACCAGAGGACUUGACCAAGACUUUUAACAACGUUUGCGCGCUAUUAAAGAAAUCUUUUGACGAAGAACCGGCUGACGCCAAAUCAAAGACCUCGCCAGUCAAGGUGAGCGCCACACUUCUGGAUUUAGUAGUUGUUAUGGCCAGCUAUGUCCCUGAAUCGUGUUACGGGGCUUUGUUUUCAAUUUUCAACACCACAGUCAACUCGAGCGAUGCUUUGACUCAAAAGCGUGCUUACAGAAUUAUCACUAAACUUUCAGAGGUGGACAAGAGCUCAGAGUCAGUUUUGAAGUAUGUCGCUGAGAUCGAGCAAAUACUGAUCCAGAGCAGCAAGGUUGUUCACACUUCUGCUAGAGCAUCGAGACUCAGUGCGAUCAAGGUCUUAGUUGAUCUGCUACCAUUAGGUCACUUAGAUUUUGUCAUUCAAAUUGUGCCAGAAGUCAUCCUCUCCACUAAAGAUAACAAUGAAAAAUCUAGAGAAGGGGCAUUUGAAACGCUAAUUGCAAUGACUCACAAAAUGAACACUCCUGGAUCAGUCAUGAAACUUUCAAAGGUUCCUGGGUAUGAUGCACAGACGCCAGAUCAACCCACCAGUGUCGCAGAGUUCUUCAAGAUUAUUUCAGCAGGUUUGAUUGGUGAAUCCCAACAUAUGGUGAGCGCUACUAUCACUGCAUAUUCCUGUUUAGUCUUUGAAUUCAAAGAUUAUGUUUCAACAGGUGUUUUGAUUGAAAUCUACGACACCAUCGAGCUUUACCUGACCUCUAACUCUAGGGAGAUUGUUAAAAGCGCGAUUGGCUUUGCUAAAGUCUGUUGUUUAGCUUUGCCAGAGGAAUUGAUGAAAUCUAAAAUUCCGUCCCUUCUUCCCAAGCUCUUGAGGUGGUCUCAUGAGCAUACUGGUCACUUUAAAGCGAGAGUCAAACACAUAAUAGAGAGAUUGAUUAGAAAAUUCGGGUAUGAGUACAUUGAGCAGAACUUCCCUGAGGAGGACAACAGAUUGCUUGUUAACAUCAGAAAAACUCGCAACAGAAACAAGAAAAAGGCAGCAGAAAGCAUGGAAACUGCACCUAAACUCAGCGAGGCGAGCAAAAAAGGUUCAAGAUUUAUGUCCGCACUUGAUGAGGCUCUGUACGAAUCAUCAGAUGCUGAGAACAGCGCGGACGAUGAAACUGCACCAAAGAGGGGGAAAGCCAGUCGCUUUAUUGUCGAAUCUAAAGAAAAUCCUUUGGACUUGCUCGACUCUCAAACGUUAGCUCACAUAUCUUCCACAAGGCCACGUAAAUUCGACGCGGCAUCCAGGAAGAAAGGCAGAGACCAUGUUUUCAGUUUCGAUGCUGACGGUAAAUUACUUGUGAAAGACGAGAAAAAGCCAUCAGAAAGCGAUGACGUAUUUGACUCAUCAUCUAGCGGUAUUAAUGCUUACUUAGAAGCAGUCAAGCACGGCCCUGUGAGAGGACAAAAAAACAAGCUCAAGUUCAAAAAGGGUACUAGAGCUGGCGAUAACGACUUCAGCGAUGACGAAGGUGCAAAUAAAUCAUUCAAACCUAACAUGAAUGGCAAAAAGGUUCAGAAGAAAAAAGGCGGGCCCAAAUUUAGGUCUAAUAGAAAGCUCUAA